AUGCCUUCGAUUGCAUGCGAUCAGGUUGUGCUGGAUAACUUAUAUGAACAAAUAUCUAAGUCUGUCGUGACUCUCAAAAGAUACACUGGCUGCGGGAACCAUGCACUUGUUAACUUUGGCACUGGGUUUAUUAUCUACUCAACAAGGUCUCAAGUGCUAGUAUGCAUACAUCAGACAGUAAUUAAAAGUGGUGAAGAAAUAUUUGUAUAUUUCAGUGAUGGCACUUCUUGUAAAGCUCAUCCGUUCAUUAGACGCGCACCAUCCGGGCAUGCUGUUCUAUCAGUAGAACCUGGCAAUUGCCACCGAUAUCCCGUCUCAUUCAGUGAAGCAAAAGUUACAAGAGAAGAAAUAUGCACGAUUGCACAGAUCAAACAUGAUGGAGAACUUGGCAUGAUGUCCGGUAUUGUUGUGGCCCCGUGCUGCAAAACAGUGUUGCGAUCAGGAAGAGUUGUGACUAGGGGUGAGAGGAGGUUUGCUCUAACUUGUGCAGCUGGAAGACUACGGAAUGUGAAGGACAGUGAAAAUUUAAUUGGCGCUGGGGUGUUCAAUUUAGAUGGAUUACUUGUGGGAACAAUUGAUUCCUUUGCUGGUGUAUAUGGUUUGAAAUUUGGCAUGCACUCAUCUUGUUUUUUAAAUGAGCUCGAACGCUUGAUUCAAGAUAUAAACAAGAAGAUUUCACUUCCAAGAGGUGGAACAACGCUUUCAAGGCAUUCAAAGGUUCAACGUGUUGCUGGUAAAGGGUCACGUGAAGAUGAUAUUGAUAUAGCUGCAGGAAAACGUGUUAAAUACACAAUCAAACUGGAAGAAUGGUGCAGGGGCUCGCCAAGGUAAAAAUUAGGUGAUCACUAAAGGAGUUCACAUCAUGCCAUCUAGAAGUGAUGGUGGCAGUUUUGGUCUGGCCGGCUAAGUUAUAUUCAGUUUUGGGAUCGUUGAUGAAUUGCAAUGUUUUGAGUGAAUGAUACACCUUCUAGCCAAUAAUUUUCUCCAAUGUUACACAUAUUGUCCGAUGAUAACUUCUCACCAACUGUGACAGAUAUUGUUCUGGUGUCAUUACG